CCUGUCAUUAACUCUACAUCCUUGGCAACACCUGGAACAUUCUCGUAUGUACCACUGGCACAGCCAUUAACAACCACAUUUGCACCAACAGUCGUGUCCUUACCCCAGCCUCCCACAUAUUACCCUCCCAUCAUCUACUGGUACCAAGCUCCACCAGUCUCGCCACCGCCGGCCAUUUCUUACUACACUACAGCAACAAAUAUGGCGGCUGACCUGUACGCUGGUCCAUUCCUGGUCGUCAUGCGGGGUCUGCCCAUGGACGUCACUGUACAGGAUAUCGUCACCUACUUCCAGGACUUUCCAGAG